CUUGUCAAUGACAUCGUCACGCCGCCCAACAGUGUUGGUCCACAGUUACUGGAGCAUCUCCACAUCUCACAGUCAGCUCGAGCUAUCGUCCACGAUUUGAACGGCUGCUCUGCCAAAGCGUUGUCGAUGACUGAGAUCUCUGCAUUCCAUUAUGGACAAAAAAAGUGCCAAUGGCUUUCAGACAAUGGCCAGUGAAGGUGGUGUUCAGAGAAAGCAACUACCCUACUCUGUAGAAACACCUUACGGCUUCCACCUGGACUUGGAUUUUCUCAAAUAUGUUGAUGAUAUUGAAAAAGGCAACACCAUUAAAAGAGUCCACAUCCAGCGACGGGUCAAGGGUCCUCCCAAAUUCAGUACUCUGCCUCGAAAUUUCAGUCUACCAGGGCAUGGGAUCAGGCCAGUUCCUAAAGACAGCCCAUGGUCUGGGACAUCCACCUUGGGACCAAAACCUAAAUUACGGCUAACAGAGGUUACUCCGAUCUCUGAUUUAAGAGCAAAUGAAGGAGGUACUUUAAGCCGAGGGACAGCAAUCCAAGCAACAAGUGUUGUUUCAGCUAGGCUUCGAGAUGAAGGCGUUCUGGGGGCUCCGAGUAUUGAAGAAAAAAUGAUGGCCACUCAAGCUCGGCCCAACUUGCUUCGAGCAUCAAGUAUGCCCAUUACUUUACAACAGCGGAAAGGUUCUGAUUCAAGUAGCCCAGACCGUAUUGUUGGAACACCAGAGAAUGGCUCAACUGAAAAUGUUUUUAGAGCAUCAACAGAUAUAACAGAAAGAAGAAGUGCUCCCCAAGAACGAGUGGGGAUUCAUCAGCAGAUCACAGUGGCUUUGAAGCGGGUCCGAGAGCUUGAAGAACAGGUCAAAACCAUCCCUGAACUUAAAGCUCAGAUUUGCUCGCUAAGGUUGGAGAGGGAGCAGCUACUAUGUCAGCUUCAGGCCCAAGAAAAGGCCCAGACUUCCACAUUAUCUAAAAUGGUUCCAUGUGAUGAUGCUGGGAUAGGAACUCAACCGCAAGCAAUCAGACAAGGGUUUAAUUUGUCUCUGACACCACAACUUCAGAAUUUGACAAGAAAGGGAGUAACUGAGGAAAAGAACCUGUGUAGCUCAGAGGCAGGUAUUCUGCUUGCAAAAGAGCCUGUAAAUCAAGGCCUGGCUAGGAGUUUGUGUCAGCAAGAAUCUAUUAUUCAAACACAGCUGCCAGAAAAAGGCGACCAAGAGAAAGAGACUGUAGGGAGUCCACUUGAACAUGCAGGGCAGGAAGAUGGUAAUGCAACAAAAGGAGAUAAUUUGGGGGACUCGUGUAAUGUACAUAAUUUGCAUGAAAAGCUAGUAUUACUGGAGGCUAAACUUCUAAAGGCUAGUCAAGAACUGGAGAAAACUAAUGAUCUGCUGAGAGAACAGAUAGUGGAGAACCAAGUGAAAGAAGAGAAAAUACUACAGCUUAGUGAGGGAAUAAGAGUAGAGUUGAGUCCAACAGAAACAAGCAGCAAACCAAGAAGAGAGAGUAUAGACACAGGCACAGAGACCGAGAGAUUAGACUAUGCCAACCGGGAAACAGAGACAGAAUCACCUAGUACAGUAGAUCAAGGAACUGAUACAGAAAGAAUCUGUAUUGAAGUGUGUGUCCCCCAACAAAGAUCUGGAUUUACCGAUAAAGAAACUGAGACUACCAAAGUGGACACUCAGGACAAAGUGACAGAAGUUACGGCUGAAGUUCUUUUUGUUAGCCCACAAUUGCCUGCAGUCAAUAGCAUGGAACAGGAUCUAGUGACUGAAAGAGCAACCGCAAAGAACCAGAUGACUGAGAUAAUUGUGGCGACAUCAGAAGGAGAGACAAACUAUCCACAGAGGUCAAGGGCCAGCAGUGUUGAUCGGGGGACAGAGACGGAGAGGGUGCACACAGUUGACAAGGUGACGGAGACAGAGGUGGCACAGAUGAAUGACCAUCAUACCAAGACAGAAGUAGAAAGACUGCAAAAUAACAAUCCAGUCAGCAAUGCUGAAACAGAGAAUCAUGGGGUUGAAAACAUAGACAAUGAGAGGGAUGAGGUCCAUAUUAGGGUCAGUGAAAGUGAAGAAGGAAAGAAAAUAAAUGAAAGAUCCCAGACAGAUCACAAAGGCAAUGAAAAUGUAGUGGUAAACAUUAUCACUGAUAGUUGUGCUUCAGUUGGAAGGAGUGGGAUUACAGAAGAAACUGUAGGUUCGGAUUUUGUUGACCAGACUGAAGAGUCACAAGUUGUAACGGGAGAGCCCACAGAAGUUAUAACAGAAAUAAACCGUGUGCAAAAUAAAUCAGAAACAAACGCAAUAUUACUUUUAGACAGUGUUGAAACACAGAGUGUUGGAGAUACUUUGAGUACUGUCACUGUUGCAGUUGCAUCAGAGCGUGCCAAUGUGAAGACAGGAGUUCCAGUAAGACCUCAAAGAGGCCGUAGGCCAUCAGCAGAUCAGUCGCAACCAACACAUCCUCAACUUCAAGCUGCUCCCCUCUCUUCUGUUCGGGGAUCUAGUGAAAUUCACGGUCAUCAGUCAAAGACUGAGUUUCAAUCCUCUGCAGAACUCUGUGACCCACAGGUGAAAGAUGUAUCCCCAGCUCAGUCUCAGUCAGGGGACAACACUAGGGAAUCCUCAUGCGAAAAAGAAUCUGAAUCACAACCUCAAACUAACGUUCAAAGCCCAUCAUUAAGCUCCAAGGAAAUCCAAAUUCGACCAAAAUCUAUCCAAGACCCAUCUAAACCUACAACUCGACGGGAUUCUAAGGAGCUGAAAGCACCCACGAGAGUAUCUCGUGUAUCACAGCCUUUAAGACGUGGAUCCAGCGAUAGCCACACACACCCAACACGCCGUAUAUCAAGCGAAGUCCAAUCUCAGUCUCGAAGAUUGUCUGAUGAGAGUCAACCUCUUAAGAAAGAACCUGAACUACAGACCUUAUACAGAGGCUCCAGUGAAACAGCUCAACAUCGGAGUUCUGGUGAAGCCAUUGCCUCACGUUGUGAAACUGACGAAUCGCCGCAGGUACGCAGAGGUUCAAGUGAGUCACCAACUUCGCCUGCAGCUUUAGGUCAAGUUGUAACCCGGAUAACAGGGCUUCUGGGUGAGCAGUGGGCUCAGUUGGGGAGCAGUUCCGGAGCACAACCAUCGGUCAGCCAGCAGAAGAGUCCCAGCACACAAAAACAGACAGCAGGGAAAAGCACAGAGGCAGGAAAGGGAGCCUCAGCCAAGCCUGCGGGAAAAGCAGCAACAGCAGGGAAACCAACUGGGAAGCCCGGCCCCUCCAAGAUGAGCUCUAUUCAGAGUCAGUUGGUCAGUUCCCUUAGUGUUCUUUCUGCCUUUUAUUCACCAGGCCCAAAAGCUGCUGCUAACAAACAGCAAGAUCAAGGUCUCAGAUCUAUUAUGAAGAAAAAUGGGGCUGUUGACAAGCAGGGAAAUAAGGGAACCAAGAAAAACCUGAAGUUUGUCGGGGUGAAUGGAGGGUAAAAU